AUGACCGAAAGUUUUCACAGUUUUUCGUCAUCUUUUCGAUCAAACGUGCUAACAGACUAUACUCCAGGUUUCGCCUCUCUUUCCGGAAAAGCGUUCCAGCGGCACGCAUUCCCCCGCUUCCAACCCAAAGCUGCAGAGCUUGCACAAGGUGCCGCAAGGCGGCCAAUAAAACCCGGGCGCAUAUGCUCUCCUGCAGAAGCACAAAACCCUACACACGCCUCUGCAAAUCAUAUGCAUUGCCCUGCAUCCGAGGCCACAGUUUGGCACCGGCACACACCCACAGGUAGGCGCAUCAUGUAUGCCUUCCUGUUCAUGCGGCAGAUUUUUUCUAUGUUGUGUCUGUUUCCUACUGGUAUUCUUUUCUUCCAAUCCGAAUAUCUACGUUUCGUUGACUUUUUUCUCGAAACCACCGGUGUCAAUUCCUCCCACCUUCCUAAGCUCGAACCCGUCGCUCCUCCCCCGAUUCAAUUACUCUGUUGCAGUUUCCUCUCUUAUCGAAGUUACUCCAGUUUCCUAUUGAUCCAUUGUCACACCCGCUGA